AUGCUGAACGGACCGACCCUCCGCGACCCGAUGCGACUCGUGGACCCGAGGCACCUCCCGCAACUGAUGUCCCUGGAGGACCAUGAGCCCACCAUGGUGGGGGGGACCCUGGGGCCGCGCAACUCCACCCCGCUGGGGGAGGAGGGGGCCCCGGGCCCGCAGCAGCAGGCCUUCCCCUGGGCGGUGACCCUGCUGGCCGGAGUCCUGAUCACCACCAUCGUGGUGGAUGUGAUCGGGAACCUGCUGGUCAUCGUGUCCGUGUUCAGGAACAAGAAGCUCAGGAAAGCAGGAAACGCCUUCGUGGUGAGCCUGGCCCUCGCCGACCUGGUGGUCGCCAUCUAUCCCUACCCGCUGGUCCUGACCGCCAUCUUCCACGACGGCUGGAUCGCCGGCUACAUCCACUGUCAGAUCAGCGGCUUCCUCAUGGGCCUCAGCGUCAUCGGCUCCAUCUUCAACAUCACCGGCAUCGCCAUCAACCGCUACUGCUACAUCUGCCACAGCCUGAAGUACGACAAGCUCUUCUCCAACAGCAACACCAUGUGCUACGUGGUGCUCGUCUGGGCGCUCACCAUCCUCGCCAUCGUGCCCAACUGGUUUGUGGAGUCCCUGCAGUACGACCCCCGGGUGUACUCCUGCACCUUCGCCCAGUCGGUCAGCUCGCUCUACACCAUCACGGUGGUCGUGGUGCACUUCAUCCUGCCGAUCGGCAUCGUCACCUACUGCUACCUGCGGAUCUGGAUCCUGGUCAUCCAGGUGAGGCGGAGGGUCAAGCCGGACUCUCGACCCAAAAUCAAGCCGCACGACCUCCGCAACUUCCUCACCAUGUUCGUGGUGUUCGUGCUCUUCGCGGUCUGCUGGGCGCCGCUGAACCUGAUCGGCCUGGCGGUGGCGCUGGACUCCCGGUUGGGCCAGGCCAUACCGGAGUGGCUGUUCACGGCCAGCUACUUCAUGGCGUACUUCAACAGCUGCCUCAACGCCGUCGUCUACGGCGCCCUGAACCACAACUUCAGGAAGGAGUACAAGAGGAUCGUCCUGAUCGUCUUCAAACUUCACUGCUGA